GGCGUCGCGCCAGUGAUCACGCCGAGUCGCACGCGCUCAGAUCGUCGGUGCUGUGUUGAUGUCUCCCGAGUACAAUAACUGUUGUCCAUCGUUACGUGUUUUCGGGAACGAAAAUAGUCGAAUAGAUUUAAAAACACAAAUACGUAAUAAUCAUUCGGUGUUUUUCGGUUUUUUAUUCGUUUAAUUGUUGUUUUCGAGUACCUACCAUGGAGGAAAUAUCGUUUACAUUUAACGUCAGUGAUCAGUUCGUGUGCACUUAACGCAUUUCCCGACAGUUGGACAUCCAUGUUGGACCACAGUGGUCGAAUGAUGUUAACUUUAUGAAAGGGACAUCCGCACGACACCACUAAGCCCGAUGAGAUCACAAUGUUGCUGACUUUUCUACUGACAGCUGUGCUGUGGAACUGUAAUUGCUGGUGGAAUGCCGCCAAUAUUUACACUUUCGCCGUGCAACCUGGAUAUUUGGACUUUGACAAUCUACCAGACACGAAUUUCUCAUGCGACGGCAAAGUCAUCGGAGGUUAUUACGCGGACGUUGAGACAGGCUGUCAGAUGUUUCAUGUUUGUACCAUUGGCCAAAAAGCGGAAAUAACUGACAUUAAGUUCCUGUGUUUAAACGGAACAGUAUUCGAUCAGGAGACUAGGGUUUGUGAACGAUUGGACGAAGUGGAUUGCAGUAAGAGCGAAAGUUUCUUCGACCUAAACUUGGAGUUGUACGGCAAUAACGGAGCAGGCUAUGGGAUCGCGCCAGAAGAGCCACCGGAACAGGAACCGGUAGAGUGCAACGCGGACGAAGAAGACUGUUCCGGUACGCCGGACUAUUUCGACGAGGAAGUGACGACGAUUGCGGGACCGGUACCGUUGGCGUCCACGGCGGCCACAACGACGACCACGAGCACUACGGCGAGGACGACCACCCAGCCGAUAGCGACGAUGACCAGCACGACGGUGCCGAGUACGAAGAAACCCGUGAUAGCGAUAACGAGCUCGACCAGACCGACGGCACCACCGCAGCCGUCCGUCUCGUACCCGACCAACUCGCCGGAGACGAUAGCUGCGCUGAUAGCGUUGCACAACGCGUUCCAAGACAGCCUGAAGGAACGGGAACUGGGACCGGGGCCGAAGGGACAGCAUGUGCACCGGUACCAGUCACCGCGACCGCCGUCUCAGCAGCAGCAGCAACCAUCGCCGAAACCGUUUACCGUAGCCAACUUCCAACCGCCGCGACACUUCCCGUCGAAGGCGCCGCAACCACCACCGCCGCCGUACCGAAACCAGCAACAGCACCAGCAGCCGCAACAUCCGGUAUUGCUGUCGUCCGAGCGGUUCGGCAACCAGAACUUCCGGCACGGUUUCCGGUUGCAGAACGGUCCACCCGAAGAGCUGUCACCGUAUCAACAGCAUCAGCAGCAGCAGCAGCAACAGCAACAGCAGCAACAGCAGCAGCAGCAGCAGCAUUACCACUCGGACGGGGGCGUGCAAUAUGACGGUAACUACGACGACGACGGGAUCGCGGCCGUCAGUGACGACGUGGACGUGGACGUGGACGAUGAAGAGUCGCGGCGAAACUUUGCGCGCGAAGCGCCCGAAGCUUCGGUGUCCGUUUCGGUGCAGGUCAGCUCUUCGUCGUCGAAAAACAGUGCCAUCGACCAACAACAGCAGCAGAAGCAGCAGCAGCAGCAACAGCAGCGGCCUGCGCAGGUGGCCGUCACCGCGGCUACCGCGGCCACUGCGACCACCACGACGACGACGACGAUAACGAAGACCGAAGAUUCGGCGACCGCUGACCGAGAUAGUGCCCCCAACCCGUUCACGGCCAAGCCCGAUACUCCGUCGACGUCGCCGGCGGACGACGCAGAAUCGGGCGAUCAGUACGAGGACGAAUACGAAGAAUUGGAAGGAGACGAGGAGUUCUUCAAGGACGUGCCAAAACUGGACCGGAACCGGAAACGGAGAUACGUGGUCGUCGGCGGUGGGCGCGGCUGGCGAACGUAACAGCAGCGAUCGCCGUAAUUGCAUAACGCGCCCACCCGUCGUGUCACCGUUAUCACAUUCGACGGGAUCCCGCGCAUGUCUCCAGGAGAGCGGAGCAACCCAUGCAACGGCUACGCGUCCGAUCCGCGGAAAACACGAUCCAGGUGACGAUCGAAAAGUUCAAAAUAUUUUUUGCUCAACGAUUUUGUGUCUGUUAAUUUCAUCACGACUACCGCCUACGCGCGUAUACGGCCAUUUUUUUUUCACUUCUUGUUAUUGUGUUCUUUAACGUCCCCACCCCUCUUUAUCCUACCCCUCUAUAGACCACUGUAGUAAAUGUUAAACAAAUUUUCAUUGUACUUGGGUGUUUUUUUUCUCUCGUCACGCAGUCACCGCCACGUUCUUGUAAAGCGGUCGGCGAGACGCCGCACAACAAUGAUGUACAUUUUUACGUAUAAAAAUAUUGGUCGACUAUCACGCGAGUACGCCGCGGUAAAAAAAAAAAAAAAAUACGAUUAGUUCUUCGCAACAAUUCGGUACUGUACAGCAGAAGAAAGGAAAAACACCCAAAUCAUUUCUGCUCCUUGUCGUAGUUUACUUAAAACACUUCGUGUCAUGUAUAACCUAAGUAUGUGACACGUACACGUUUUGCAGUAUUAAUCAAACAUGUAAAUUUUACACGCUAUAUGUAUUAAAAAAAAAAAAAAAAAAAUUAUUUAUACAUUUUAUUCCGAACUCAACUAUAAACCUACUGAUGAUAUUACACAUGCAUACGUAUUCAGUACAUUCCAAUUUUCUUUUCUAAUGCCGCUUGAUCAAAAGUUUGAUUACGAUAUGUUAACAAUUUUGUGUUAUCGACGAAUUUUAUUUUUUUUUUUUUGUUUUCCUUCACACGGCUAAUCUAGACUGAUAUGUUACAUAUAAUAUAUAAUAAUAUAAUCAGGUUGUGUUUAGUUUUAUGAAAAUCGUACAUUAAAAUUGUUUAACCAUUAAAAUGUAAUGUAAUGUUCUUUUUUUUCUUAUUGCCACCUUUUUCUAAAAAAUCUUAUUUAAGUACUGUCGGUUUCAACGAACUUCGAAUUUUGUUUAAAUACUGUAUUCUAUAUAAUUGUAUAACCUGUAAUAACAAUUUACGAGUACGAUGUUAAGUACGAUGUUAAGUACGUAAACGCUAAACACAUACUAUAAGUUGAUUUUUUUGAAACCAACAGUGAAUAUUAUUAUAAUAAUGAGUGAUUUUAAGCAAUCAAUAAGUAUCGCAAUGCUAAAUACGUUUAAACUAUGUAUAUUACACGUUAUGUUGAAAAUAGAUAAAAAGUAAUAAUAAUUUAGCGUAAAAAUACAACUGUACUAUUGUAUUUUUCUACUACCGAGUGCAUGCUUUAUCAUGAGUGUGCCUUUGGCGAUACUAUUUAUACGAAUAAUUUUAGGCAAUUAUAAUAAGGUAUUUAAACUGUGUAAAUAUAUUUUCAAAUAAAUUUUAUACUCUUGUGAUAAAUAAAUAAAAUCUAUAAUAAA